AUGACCUAUGAGCAAUCUAUCAAGUUUGAUUUCCCAGAUUUGAACAACCAAGCAGAGUAUGAGGCCCUUAUAAGCAGCUUAACUUUAGCCAAAGAAGUCGGAGUAACAAAGCUCGAAGUCAACAGCGACUCUCAGGUCGUGACUUCGCAAAGGCAAGUGAUUGCUAGAUCUAGGAUCCCAGAGAUCGAUGUGCCAGAUAAAGGGAUGCAAUUCUCCGACGAAAAAUUCAGAGAGUUCUUGACAGGACUGGGAAUCAAGCAAAAGCUUUCCUUCGUGGAGCACCCCCAAAGUAACGGACAAGCCGAAGCGACGAACAAAGUCAUCCUCAGUGGGUUAAAGAAGUGUCUAGAUCAGCAAAAGGGCUUUUGGGCAGACAAACUGGCCUCGGUCUUGUGGUCUUACAGGACAACACCACAAUCUUUCACCGAGGAGACGCCUUUUUGA